AUGUCUGAGGGCGACGUCAAACCCCCCAAAAGGCCCGUCGUGGCUGAAGCCCACGAGGUCGACACUUUUCAUGUUCCCCAGCCCUUCUUCAAGAAAGGCUCUGGCAAAACCAACUUGAAAGACCUCGACGAGUACUAUGUCAUGUACAAGGAAUCAAUUGAACAGCCAGAUAAGUUCUGGGGCAAAUUGGCCCGGGAACUUCUAUCCUGGCAGCAAGAUUUCCAAACGGUGCACAGCGGCUCUCUCAAGAACGGCGACAGUGCCUGGUUCUUGGAGGGACGUCUGAAUGCCUGCUACAAUUGCGUCGACCGCCAUGCUGUGAAGAACCCGGACAAGCCAGCUAUCAUUUACGAGGCAGAUGAACCGGGUGAGGGUCGCGUUCUCACGUAUGGAGAGCUCCUGCGCGAAGUUUCCCGCGUUGCGUACACUUUGAAGCAGAUGGGCGUGAAGAGGGGCGACACAGUGGCACUCUACUUGCCUAUGAUUCCCGAGGCGGUCAUUUCCUUCCUCGCUGUCACUCGUAUCGGUGCCGUGCACUCGGUCGUGUUCGCCGGCUUCUCUGCAGGUUCCUUGGCCGACCGCAUCCUCGACGCCAACUCCAAGGUCAUUAUUACCACCGACGAGGGCAAACGUGGUGGCAAGCUCAUUGGAACUAAAAAGAUCGUUGAUGAGGCGCUGAAGAAGUGCCCCAACGUUACCCACUGUUUAGUUUACAAGCGAACAGGUGCCGAUGUCCCCUGGACCAAAGGCCGAGACUGGUGGUGGCAUGAGGAGGUCGAAAAGUAUCCCUGCUACAUUGCACCAGAGAGCAUGGCCUCCGAGGACCCCCUUUUCCUGCUAUACACCUCGGGUUCUACGGGCAAACCAAAGGGCGUCAUGCACUCGACAGCAGGAUACUUGUUGGGGGCUGCGGCGACUGGCAAAUAUGUUUUCGACAUCCACGAUGACGACGUGUUCUUCUGCGGUGGCGAUGUGGGCUGGAUCACGGGUCACACUUAUGUCGUUUAUGCUCCUCUUCUACUCGGUGUUGCAACCGUGGUCUUCGAAGGUACCCCUGCAUACCCAAACUUCUCCCGUUAUUGGGAUGUCAUCGACAAGCACAGCGUGACCCAAUUUUAUGUCGCACCCACUGCAUUGCGUCUGUUGAAGAGAGCCGGCGACGAACACAUCCACCACAAAUUGAGCAAAUUGCGAGUUUUGGGUUCUGUCGGUGAGCCCAUCGCCGCCGAAGUUUGGAAGUGGUAUUUCGAAUCCGUUGGCAAAGAGGAGGCACAUAUUGUUGACACAUACUGGCAAACAGAGACUGGAUCCCAUGUGAUUACACCGCUGGCGGGUGUCACGCCAACCAAACCUGGGAGUGCGUCCUUACCUUUCUUCGGUAUCGAACCUGCGAUCAUCGACCCGGUUUCCGGUGAAGAAAUCGAAGGCAACGAUGUUGAAGGUGUUUUGGCAUUCAAGCAGCCAUGGCCUAGCAUGGCUCGGACUGUUUGGGGUGCACACAGGAGAUAUAUGGACACGUACCUGAACGUGUACAAGGGCUACUACUUCACCGGUGACGGUGCCGGUCGUGACCAUGAUGGGUAUUACUGGAUCCGUGGUCGUGUCGAUGAUGUUGUCAACGUGUCUGGUCAUCGUCUGUCAACCGCCGAAAUUGAAGCAGCUCUGAUCGAACAUGACGGCGUUGCCGAAGCAGCCGUCGUCGGUAUCAACGACGAACUCACUGGCCAGGCUGUCAACGCCUUUGUGUCACUCAAGGAUGGAAUCGACCAAGGUGAAGGCACACGCAAAGAUCUGAUUCUCCAAGUCCGCAAGUCGAUCGGUCCCUUCGCCGCACCUAAGGCGAUUUUCAUCGUUGACGAUCUGCCCAAGACUCGAUCUGGCAAGAUCAUGAGGAGAAUUUUGAGAAAGAUUUUGAGUGGAGAGGAAGACAGCCUCGGAGAUACAACCACUCUGAGUGAUCCAAGCGUGGUAGUCAGGAUCAUCGAGACGGUCAAGACAUCAAAGAAGAAGUGA